AUGGGUGUGAGAGGACUCACAAGUUACAUUGAAGGAAAUAAGAAACAGUUUUAUGAGGGACGAAAGCUAAAAAACACCAAACUUGUAAUUGAUGGAAACAACUUGCUCUGCAACUUGUACAUCAAAUCAGGCUUGGACCAGCGGCACGGGGGAGACUAUGAAUCCUUCGCAAACAUCAUCCAACAAUUCUUUGAGACCCUUACCACCUGCAACAUAGAGCCCUUUGUCGUGAUGGAUGGGGCGAUUGAUUACAGUGGCAAGAAAUUUCCAACACUAAAAGAGCGAGCCCAGGGCAGGAUCGAGGAGGCUGGCAAGAUAUCAAGUGGGAAGUCAAAGCAGUCCCAAUUUUCUCCCUUCUCACUCCUCUCCAGAACGGUCUUCAGACAGAAACUGUCCAGCCUUAAUGUCCCCUUUAUCCACUGUAUGUUUGAGGCAGACCAAGAGAUUGCCUGCUUGGCCAACGAGUGGAACUGCGCAGUGCUAAGCAAGGACAGUGAUUUCUAUAUCUUCGACUUGAAGGGUGGGUACCUCCCAUACGAGUUUUUCGAGUGGCACAACAUCAGCAUGUGCCAGGAGAACAAGGAAAGGUACAUUCCAGUCUCCCAUUUCUCCAUCAACAAUUUCUGUGCCUGCUUCAAUCACAUGAACAAAGAGCUGCUCCCUCUCUUUGCGGUGAUUGUUGGCAAUGACUACACCAGCCCAAGGUCCAUGGAUGCGUUUUUUAGCCGGGUUAACUUCUCGCAAGUGGCCCAGCCUGCAUACAGCAGGAUGCACGCCCGCAUUGAUGGCCUGCUCCAAUGGCUGUCCCAAUUCCCUGGGCCGGAGGAAGCGAUGGAUGAAGUUCUUGUCCGAGACAUUGCCCAGGAUAUCACUCAGGAUAUAAUCUCCGGAAUGCAGGAGUACAAAGUCUCCCACAGCAACCUCGCGCAGUACUUCAUGCACGGAGCUGCAGUGGACAACCUGGCAAAAUACUACACAUCAGCCAACCUCCCGGAGAGAGGCCAAGAGAGGCCUGUGAGACACUUGCCCGAAUGGCUGCUGGAUAGACUGUCCAGGGGCCACUUGCCCUCCUUCAUUCUUGACGUCCUGGUGCUGCAGAAAACCAUACUGGGAGUGCAGGUGCAGAACUGCCAGCUUCCCAGCAGCCACACAACCUCCUUGCCAAUCCGCCAGGUCCUCUAUGGCCUGCUUCUGGAUGGGAAUAGGAAGCUUCUCCAGGGGCAGGACAGCGAGCAGGGAGAGACCACAAAUCCAACCGAGGGCAGCCCGCUUUACCAUGUGCAGGAGUUUGACAGGCAGGGUCUCAAAUUCAGGGGAGCCUUCAUUGACGCCAUUCUUCCAACUGGGAUCCAGCAGCUGCCUCUGGAGAAACUGAAUGAGGUUCUCCUGGAGACUCUGGGAGCAGACGAGUGCAUUACUAUAGCCGAUCGCCCCCACCUCAAUUUACCUGUGUGUGUUACCUGCUACUGGCUAAGCAGCUCCAAGCCCAAACCUAACCUGCAGAUGGUCCAGGCUCUGCUGCUGGGCAUUGUGUAUGGAGAACUCUGCAGACUUGGAGGCAGCCAGAGAGGGCCAGCGGCUGAGUACCCAGGCUUGAGGGCAAUCUGUGAUAGGCUGGGCAGACUACGGGUCAGAGCGAAUGAGAGGAGAGGGCCUGAUUUGGAUGUGGCCCAUGCUUACAGCCAGUGGCAGUCCUGCCUGUGGAUGAGCAUCUACCUGAACCAGCUGCUCUGCUGUCCACUUCCAGAGCCAGAGUGUGCCUGGCUGUACAGUGGGACAUUCGUGCACGGUGCUGUGGUGGAGAUGAAGUGGGGCAGUACCCCAGAGGACCUGCUGAUGGGAGCCCCCUUUCCUGCACAGCUCUACAUGGACAUCCAAGUGGCGGUGCAGCGCUCUGUGGGUGCUGACUUUUUCAAACCCCAGUCCACAAGGAGGGAGAAUGCCAGUAAGUUAGAUCAGGGUGUUGGAGCUACACAGAAGUUUUUCUCCCCCAACAAGUACGCUGUACUAGAUGAUGAUGCUGAUGAAGAGUAG